AUGGAUGAACUCUCAAGGGGCGAGUACCCGGGCAUGCUGACCCAUAUGCAGCCCUCGCAGGCCGUGCAGACUCUCAAUGACCGGGUCAAGCGUAUCAACAAGAUCAACCUUGAGAUUGCCGACUGGCUCCAGGAACGCCGUCGCGUGGAGGAGCAGUAUGCGCUCGGUCUGCGCAAGCUCGCCCAGUUCAAGACUCCCAACUCCCUCUCCGAGCUAGGGGUUUUCCAAGCACCCUGGCUUCGCAUCGUCGACGGUGUCGAACGUGUCUCUCAGCACCACCACCUGUUUGCCGAGCGCAUCGAGAAUGACGUCGAGCGGCCGCUGCGCUCGUACCAGCAACGCUCCGACUACCAGAACAUGCACCAAAUCUCCACCAACCUUGGAUCCAUGGCCAAGGACCUCGAGGACGCGCAGGAAAAGUCGGACAAGCUUAACAAGAAGGCCAACAAGGCGAGCACCCAGAAGAUCGACGCCGCCGCCGCCAAGCUCGAGUCGGCCUCGCAGCAGUGGGAGUCGCAGUCCCCCUUCAUCUUCGAAACAUUGCAGGCCUUGGACGAGACGCGCAUCAAUCAGCUCCGCGACCAGUUGACCCAGUACCAAACCCACGAGGCCGAUCUGGCUCAGCGAAGCCAGCUUAACACGGCCGAGACGCUUGCCGUCCUGCUCGAGGUCAGCACGGAAAAGGAGAUUCAAGAUUUCUCCCGCCGCAUCACCACCGUGAGGACUCGAACCUCGACCAGGCGCAUGUCCAUUCCCCGACCGCCGACGAGCUCAUCGCUCCCUCCGCUUCCAACAAGUGGCGUAAACUCCAACCCUCUGCCUGCACCACCCGAAAAUGCAAGCUCCCAACCGCCGGCGGAGGAUGACGCGGUCGAUCAAGUUUCGAUGCCACCUCCUGAAGGCAAGCCUGAGUCCAAACUGCGGCGGCUCGGAACGAUGCUGGGAGGCCGAAAGCGACAAAGUGUUCAGUUCGGUCAUAUGUCGUCGCCCCAGAAGGGCGGCGGCACCACCUUUGGCCGUUUGGGCAGCAGUCAUGGCCGCGUAGUGUCUCCCAGAACGUCUUCUACAAACCUCCACCAGGAUUCGGCGCACCUGACGUCGCUCGCCGAGUCGCCAGACCAACCGAGACCAGACGGAGUGCCGGUCCAGGGCAGCAAUUCCUUCGAGGCCACCAACGGAAUCUCGGGCAACGGCAAAGUGGCGGACCGUUCUGUCGCCGGCACCGGCGUCGUGAAUGGCACCCACAGGCUCGACGUUGCUGACUCGGCUCUGCAGCAAGGGGAAACAUCCGCUGCCAGGGAUGCCGCUGGCUUUACGGUACGAGCGCCGAUGAACGACCCCAUCACCAACGCACAGCGGGAAGCGGCUGCCGAGGAGGCCGAUCAACUUUUCAAGCUCAACAUUAAGAAUGAGCCUGUCGAGGACGAGGACCCCCAGGCCAAGCAGGCGGCCCUGUCCAACGUGGCCAAUACGCUCAAGAUGGGCCCUGCAACGCAACGCUCUGGAACGAUUAGGGGACGCCGCGACGUGCGAAACACCAUUUACGUUCCCGCGCCAACCGCUGCGACCUCGACUCUGUCGGAGAGCCAAUCCGACGGCGCCGGGCCCUCUACGACGGGCUCCCCACCCAUGUCCACCUCAUCGUUCUCACGACCGCCUGCCGUGAUGGCCCUGGCGUCGGAGGCGAGCGUCACCGGUACCUCGGACAGCCAGUCGGUUCGUUCGGGCAACUCGCUGGGCAGCCUAGCUCAUGCCAACCAUCCGGACAUGACCUCUCCCGGCCUCAACUGUUCCAUCAUCGAAACUGUGUCGGCAACGUUUGACAAGGGCGAAAUCAAGACGGUGUCCAUUGCCGGCGAGAUUGCGUUUGUAAAUAAUGCAACGAAUCUCAAAGACACGCGCGAAACGAUUCGAAUUAACCAGUUCCCGAGGCUCGAGCGCAUUGGGCCGAACCGCAUAUUUGUCCAAAACGCUUCGCCCGAUCAACCAGAUCAGUUCACGCUUGACGUCGCCCACAUUGCCAAGACGUCGAUUGCUUUUUCCUAUCGCGUCUUUGCCCAGGAGGCCGAGACGCCCGCUCUGGCCCAGCAUGCGCCAUUGCUGCUCAUACCGGCCUGGAAGCCACAGGGCGACAAGCUCGGCCUGUUGCUGCAGUACCAGCUCAACCCGUCAUCCAAUUUCGGCCCCAGCGUGACGCUGCGCAACGUCGUCUUCAUCGCGACAUAUAGCGGCAGGGCAGCCGGCGUGCAGACCAAGCCCAGCGGUACGCACCUCAAAGAGAAGCACCUGAUAUACUGGCGCCUAGGCGACGUCACCCUCACCGGCGACGUGCAAAAGAUUGUUUGUCGUGUCACCGGAGCCGAAGGGAACUGCCCGGCGCCGGGUCACGUCGAGGCCCGUUGGGAGUACGCCGCUUCACGGAACGAGGCCAUCGGUAGCGGCAUUUCUGUAUCACGGCUCUACGAGCCGGGAGCAGAAUUCGAUCCGUUCUCCGACCACGAUCGCCCGGUAGUGGGGGAGAAGAAAUGGCUCGACGUGCCGGUGCAGCGCAAACUCGCGAGCGGCAAAUACGAGGCCAAAUAG